UUCUUGCAAUAUUUACUCAUUAGAAACAAAGUUAUAUAGUGAUCAUCAAAGGCGCCCAAUCCUAUCGAUCCUGAUCACUUGUUGUUAUCCAUCAUCUUCAUGGAAGGAAUAUAUGGAGGAGGUUCCAAACGGUUGAAAACAAGGCCAUCCGAUCAUUAUAUUGAAUUAGAAGAAUAUAAUUAUGAGAAACAAAAAGAUAUUGGGUCAAGCUCAAGUUCCAACAGCAGUACAGUUGAAGAAAACGAUGAUGAUCUUGAUCAUGGUCAGAAGAAGAAACCAGAACCGGUGGUUAGGCCUUAUGUUCGAUCUAAACUGCCUAGGCUCAAGUGGGACCCUGAUCUUCAUUUUCGCUUCAUCCUUGCCAUUGAUAGGCUUGGAGGCCCCAAUAGAGCAACACCCAAAAUGGUUCUUCAAUUAAUGAAUGUUAGGGGACUCACCAUGGCUCAUGUCAAGAGCCAUUUGCAGAUGUAUAGAAGCAAGGCUACCAAUGAUUCUGAAAAAGAUCAUAUUGGUGCUGUUGAGAUCAUCAGUAACCUUCCCAUAUUUCAAGAAGAAGAAGAGUACCAUGAUUGCAAUAACAAGCAAGCUAGUAAUAGAGAAUGGAUCAUCAAUUCAAAAUAUCAUCAUUAUAAUUCUCCCAGUGCCAAACGUGAUCAUGAUGAGUUGGAUGGAAAAUUAGAUUAUGAUGGAGGCAGCUCAUGUGUGAGGAUGAAGAGGAAAUAUUAUGAUUCUCACUUAGAUUUGAAUCUUUAUCUUGGUAUAAAGAAUUGAGAUCGAUCAUGAUUGGAGCAAAGAAAAUUUCAAUUACAAUAGAAAGCAAGAAGCUGGUGAAUGGGGCAAGUACUCUAGGUCUGACUAUAUGAAUAGCUAGCUAGGCCAAUUAAUUCUAAGUGAGAUCUUGAGGUACUUGUUCUUUUAUCCAUCCAAUUUUUGCAUAUAUAUAUAUAUUUAUGUUUUUU